CUAGAACUCUCUCUCUGUAAUUGUAAACCCUAAUUUGUUCUCUCUCUGUAUCCAUUUAUCAAUCUAACAAUCAAAAAAUCAAAUCAAAUCGAAUCGAAGAAGAAUGUUUUACUCGCAGACAUUUUUGGCGCGAAAAGGGCCACUGGGAACAGUAUGGUUCGCCGCUCAUCUACAGCACCGCCUCAAAAAGUCUCACUACACCUCCACCGAUAUCUCCUCCACUGUUGAUCGAAUCAUGUUUCCGGAAGUUCCCAUUGCACUGAGAAUGUCGGGCCACCUUCUUUUGGGCGUUGUUCGGAUAUAUUCAAAGAAAGUGGAUUAUCUGUUCCAUGAUUGUAAUCUUGCUUUGAAUUUGUUAAGAAAGGCCUUCGAUUCUAUAAAUCUUAAUUUGCCGGAGGAUGCAAGAAAGGCACCGGUUCAAUCGAUCACGUUGCCAGAAACAUUUGACCUUGAUGCUUUGGAAUUGAAUGAUGAGAUGAAUUAUGAGGGGGCCGAGGAUGAUCACCUCAAGAGUCUAGAGGAGAUUACGUUAGCAGAUCAAAUUCCUACUGGAGGAGAGAUUUAUGUUGCCAUAACUUUUGAUGAGGAUAUUGUAAUGAUGGAUUCAUCAAGUCUAGAGGUGGUUCCCAAUUCGGAUGUUAGGUUGAUGGAGGAAGACAUUCCUGCACCACCUCUGGUUAAGGGUUUUGAAGAACCUGGUCCAAGUAAUCAGAGGGAAGCACUAAAUGGAAGCCUUAGUGAUGACAGGACUCCACAAAAUCUUCAACAUGAUGCAAACUUUCAAGAUGCUGGUCCAAGUAAUCAGACAGAAACACUUGACACUAGGCUUUCGGAUGACAAUAUCCCUCAAGAUAUUCCAGAGAUGGAAAUACUGCGUGAUGCUGGUCAUGAUUUUGGCUUAGAAAACCUUCCUCCAGUGUUGCCAGAUUAUGGGGACAACAUAGUUGAAACAAACAGAUCUUUAAACGAAAUUGUGAAUGAGAAGGACAUCCUCUCUCCAAUCAUGGAAGAAAAUUUAAUGUCAGGGGAGAAGUCUUUACCAUUUCAGCAACAUUCAGAACCACCAACUUCUGCUGCCUCUGAACAGGGUCUUGAGAUUCAUGAUACGCGUGUUGCAUUUGGUGAUAUUUCUCCUGGACUUGGCAUUAUUCGAUCAACUCCUCCUGUUCAGCAACCAAAAGCAAGACCAAGGAAGAGAAAGCAGCAUUUCGAUAAGGCGACAGUUUUGAAUAAUAAAUUUAUGAAAAAGUCGCUUGAAGAUUAUAGUGAUUUAUUGCGUAAGAAGAGGGAUGUCCCUUGCUCUGCUUUGGGUAUGUGGAAGUUGAACAAUGUUCGUAGAAAGGAACAAAUUUUUGAUCAGCCUUCAUUAACUGGGUUAUCUAUGGAUAUUUGUAAUAUAUACAAGAAGGACUGCAUAUUUACCAAGCCUCAUUUGGUUUUAUCUGAGGAAGAUUUUCCAGAUCCUAGGGUUGCAUCAUCUCCUGCUUCAACAACGGACCAUCCCCCAGAGUUGAGGGUUGCACAAUCUCCUGCUCACACAACUGAAGCUGUCCUAGAGCCAGUUGCUCAAUCUCCUGUUCCUGAAACUGACAUUGACAUGGAAAUGGAACGUCCUCGAAAUGUUGAAAGCCAAGAUGGCAGCAAUUUCUUAAAUGAAUUUGCGCCUACUCCAGCUAGAUCAAUGGCUUCAACUCUUAGAGGAGAUGAUUUUACUCAUGUAACCAUUGAGACUGAAUUACUGCCAACACCAGAUCUUGCAGCAUCCACCGGCACACGUAGGUCUGAGCUGGAAACCCCAAUGACAUUUUUAGAGGAGCGACUAGGUUUAGAGAACACUGCUCUUUCAGAUAUUCCUGAUUUAAUGAAUUCUGCAGAAUUAGAUGACCUUUAUUUUCUGGAGGCAGAUAACAAUACACCAACAGGAUCUCAAGCUACAGGAAUAGUUGACUCAUUGUCUGUGAGAACCAGGGCUGUGGCUCAGUAUUUAAAAAGACAUUCUCCAAUUGACCCAAUCUCCGAAGACCUAUCUGGAGAUCUCAGUUUAAACAAGAUUUUAGAAGGAAAAACCAGAAAGCUAUGUGCUCGAAUGUUCUUUGAGACUCUGGUUUUGAAGAGUUAUGGACUUGUGGAUGUACAACAAGAAGAACCUUAUGGUGAUAUUAGUUUGAAGCUGACUCCUACAUUGUCAAAGUCUCAAUUUUGAGUUACAAAGUUAUUUGAUGUGUUUUGCAGGCGUUCAUGUAUAUAGAUGACAUACAAAGAGAAGGAAAAGGAAAUGCAGAUGGGUGUAGUACUUGCACAAUGGUAGCAUGCAAUUUUGACCUUAAGUCCACAUGUCUUAUUAGGAUCUUAAAAGGUGAUACUAAAUUAUUGUAAGUGGCAUUGUAAUGUAAAAUAACUAUGGUGUAAAAUUGUUCUCUCUUUCUCAGUAAAUAUAAGUUAAUAUAAUCCACAUUUAUUA